AUGGAAGAAGAGCCUAAAAAGGAGGAGCCGAAUGCUAAAGAGGAGGGGCAAAAUCCUACGGAGGAGGGGCAGAAUCCUCAAAAUGAGCAGAAUCCUCAAAAUCCUAAAAAGGAGAAAGAAUCGGAAGUUCUUCAAUAUCUGAAAUAUAAGGCACAAACGGAACAAGAAAUUCUUGAAUUAAAUACGGAUGAAGACAAAGUAACGACAAUUACCGAAAAGAAUAUAAUUAAGAAAGUUAGGGAUGUUUAUGGACAAAGGGCAGCAGACAUGGUUGGAUCAAAAAUUGAUUGGGCAAGUUGGGGAGUUGAAAUGAAUCCAAAGGAAAGGCCAAAUCCUUAUGACUUUCCAGCAUUCUUGAGAGCUGUAGAAGAUGUUGGGGAGAAAAAAGGAGGAGGAGGGAAGCAUAGAAAGGGAGAGAAAAGUGGCUACAAAAGUAAUAAGCGUUCAAAGAAAGCUUCAAAAGACCUGGAAGGAUUGGAUACUAAAAGUGCUGCCGCUAAUGAAGAUUAUUCGAAAUUGCCAGGAGAGGAAGAGCUGUUUCCGAAUGAUGGAGGAGGUGGAGGAGGAAAGGCUGGGGGAGGAGGAGAAACGGCUAUGGGAUUUGAUGAAAAUGAGAAGAAUGAUGGUGGGGAUAAAGUUGAGAAUGAAGGAGGAAAUGAGAAGAAAGAGGAAGAUGGAAAAGAUGAGAAGGAUUAG